GAUGGAACCUCUCAGACCGCCCCUUUGCAGAGUGUUAAUGAGCUAGCAGAGGCAAAACAAUUAAUCACCAAAUUACAGCGCGAAAAUGCAGCAUUAAAAGAAAGAUGCAACAAGCUAGAAGGUAUUGUAUUGACAUACUCUUAAUUUCCACACAUUCAAAACAAAGACGACUAGUUUCAACCUUUAUUAGAAACAUUUUUUUAUUAAUUUUCAGAGCCAACUUUUGAUGAGCAGUUCAAAACGUUCCACAAGUGUCUCACUAAACAUUACAAGGAUGGAGGGCAGCGGCUAUACGACCCUGCAGACAUGGAAAAAUUUGCCAACAAGUGCACCCCUGGAUUGUUCAACCGUGCCUUGUGUCUAGUCAAGAAUGAUGAAAAACAACAGCUUUCUAAGAAAAGACAUGAAAUACUGAGACUGCGAGUUGUGGCACUGCUUCAUCAGCUGUCUUACUUUAGAAACCAAGUGUGUAUAAUAAUAAUAAUAAAAAAUAAAAUAAAUAAUAAUACUAAUAAUGAUAAUGGUAAUGAUAAUGAUAAUAAUAAUAAUAGUAAUAAUAAUAAUAACAGGAACCAUACUUUAGAAAGACACUUAAAUUAAAUUAAACACCAUGGUGUGUAAUAGACACAAGUGUUGCUUGUUUGUUUUCAACAGAAAAACAAUCGCUUACAACAAGACUAUGGGUUGCACUUGUCCUUUCAUGGUGCCAGUGAUGAUGCUUUGACAGCUGGCUCACUUCUAGGGUUUAGCACUCACCCGAGAAGUGUGCUAAAUCAUAAAAAAGGAUUGUCUGGAAAAAGCAUUCAGAAGACACAAGCGAUCGUUGAGAGUGCCAUAAAGGUACAUGUAUUUACGUACUGAAACAAUUCAUUAUUAAACAUCUGCCACUGCACAACACCCUGGCCAAAACAAUAAGUUGACACAAGGUGAGGUGGCUGGAUGUAAUGAAGCAGGGGCUAAAUAGAAGGCACAAGGACCUUGUAACAAGGAGACAAAAACAACAAAAAUAGAGUGAUUUUAUUUGAACCGUGAAACAGAUAUUAACAAACAGUGCAAAAUAGCAAGAGGUAAACAAAAGAAGACAAUGGAAUGAAUACAUAAUAGUGCGUAAUAUUCUUCUACCUGUUUCACGGUUUAAGUAAAAUGACUUUAAUUUAUCAGUCCAUAGAUGUACACUGAUCCAGUUAAAAAUUUCCUCCCCAACAGAACAACAACUUCCUCCUGCUCAUUAUAGAUGAUUUUCAUUGUGUCCAGUCUAUAAAAGACCCCAAACAGAGCCAGCUGAGCAAGUGCCUUCACAUGUGUACUGGAGUAGUGGAUCACCAAGAAUCUAUACCGGCAAUGCCAACAACAAGAAAUGUCCACUGGGUUGUACCUGUCCGAAUUGCUGGGGGUGCAAUUGUUAACUGCCGGGGAGGAAUUGAUGCCAACAAAGUGAACGAGUUGUUUCAAGAGCAUUUGUCAAAUUAUUUUACAUUCAGUUAUUUAGACUCUCUACCUGCUGAUUUCAGCCAGUUUGACCUGACAAAUGUAAACAAAAGUUUAGUUGAAUUA